AUGAGCAUAUGGCUGAUAAUUAUUUCUACGUUACUCACGUUGGCUGUUUUUUGCAUAAAAAACUUCGGGUACUUUAUAGUAAAUUUCAGAUGGUUCUUCGCGAUAUUCUUCUUGAUGCCAGCCUCCUUGAUCUACAACAUAUUUUACUACGUGAGAUCUCGCCUGGUUUUCAAGCUCAACACUGCACCGACUAGACACCACGAGAAAGUUUUGAAUGUUCAGCGCCAGGUACUAGAAUGGAAUAAGAGUGGCAAACAGACUUUAAUGUGUACAGGUAGACCAGGUUGGAAAGCGAUGAGCAUACGUGAGGCUCGAUACAAACUCAUUUACACAAACAUCCAUGUUGAUUUGAUGGAUGUUCUUGAAGUUGAUGCAGAAAAGAAGUCAGUCAGAGUUGAACCAUUGGUCAGCAUGGGGCAGGUGACAACACAUCUCAAUUCUAUUGGAUGGACCUUGCCUAUUGUGCCUGAGCUGGAUGAUCUGACAAUCGGUUGUGGACUAGUGAUGGGAGUUGGCAUAGAGUCAUCAUCACACAAGUAUGGUCUCAUGCAGCAUUUACUCAUUUCUGCUGAAAUUGUUCUGUCAGAUGGAUCUCUAAUCAAAUGUUCCCAAUUGGAAAACUCAGAUUUGUUUAAUGCUCUGCCUUGGUCCCAUGGAACAUUGGGCUUUUUGGUUGCUGCUGAAUUAAGAAUCAUUCCUGCAAAACGUUAUGUCCGAAUUCAUUAUAAACCUGUGCAUUCAUUCAAAGAAAUAAUUGAAACAUUCACCAAAGAAUCACAAAACCAGAAAAAUGAUUUUGUGGAAGGACUGGUAUUCUCUCCCAAUGAUGCUGUCAUCAUGACAGGGACUCUUACUGAUUCACUUGGUCACGAUCAGCUCAAUGAGAUAGGAAGAUACUACAAGCCUUGGUUUUAUAAACAUGUGGAAACACUUCUAAAUAAUGGCCCAAAAGUUGAAUGUAUACCUCUAAGACAGUAUUAUCAUAGGCAUACAAAAGGAUUGUUCUGGCAGAUGCAGGAUAUAAUUCCUUUUGGAAAUAAUCCAAUUUUCCGGUACAUAUUUGGAUGGAUGGUGCCACCUAAAGUCAGCUUCUUGAAGCUUACUCAAAAUAAGAGCAUAAAAGAUUUGUAUGAAAAACAUCAGAUUAUACAGGAUAUGCUUUUGCCUAUCACAACACUGCCGCAAGCACUUGAAUUUUUCCAAAAAGAGCUUGAGAUAUAUCCCCUUUGGUUAUGUCCAUUUAUUCUUUUUGAUGGUUCGGGAUUCGUUCAUCCUAAAACAAAAGAAGAUCAACUUUAUGUGGACAUAGGAGCAUAUGGGGCUCCAAAAAUAAAAAAUUACAAUUCGUACGAAGCCCUGAGAAAACUGGAAAAAUUUGUACUCUGCAACAACGGAUUUCAGAUGUUAUAUGCCGAUUCUUAUCUGACGCGAGAAGAAUUUCACCAAAUGUUUGACCACAGACAGUACGAACAGAUGAGAGCUAAAUACAAAUGUGAGAAUGCUUUCCCAGAGGUCUAUGACAAAGUCAAUAGAAAAGCCAGAUCAUAA